UUGGCGGCAGAUUCAGUUCCGUGUAUGUAAAGCUAAGCACAAGCAGACCAAUGGGAUAUUCGGCACUACGUAUCUCUUAAGACGAAGAUGAAUGCUGGUCAGUUGCUGAGUCGCUUUGACGGGCAAUGGAAGCUUUUGGCCCGGUCGUUGUUUUUCGGGGUUUCCGGUGCACACAGAACACUUGAGGUCUUCAAGCGACAGCAGCGGGCGACACCUGACAGAUCAUUGUCCGACUUAAUUGAAACGCUUUGUCGAGACGAGAUCACCUAUCCAGGGGGGAAUGGGCAACCCCUCACCGUUAAACCUCUGGUGUUGCUCUUUCCACCGCUGUUCAAGCAAAACUUGCUGGCGUUCAUCUUCCUGAUCCACUCACGCUUCCCCAAAGCCGCCAUUCUCCAUCUACUCCGGUGUCUUGAUCUGGACCCCUGUCCAAGCUUGUGGGUCGCCGUAUGGACGAAGCAACUGAAAAGAAUCAUACUGGGCUGUCCCCUCGAGGAACCCCUUUACAGCCCAGCGUGCGCUGAGCGACUAACAGCACUGUCACGGCGAGUGGGUGGUGAGACUGGAUGGUGGGAUGAGUGCAGUGGUUUGCAAGCGGAGGAAGCACGGACUGCGGCUGUUUUGUCUGAGACAGGAAGUCAGAAGAAAAGAAAGGCCCCUUUCGAUAUUCUGAAUGAUGAGAAUGAAGAAAUGCAGCAGGAGAAGAAACGAAUGAAGACAGAUGAACCCAUCGAUGGGCAAGUGCAUGAUCAGGAUAGUCUGCCUGAACAUAUGAAGAUGGCAGAAGAAUUGGAAACGGAUGCGCCAGAACAGGUCAACACACAUGAACCUCUGCCUGAACAUAUGAAGGCAUCUGUUCUUCAAAUCAAGGAAUUAUUCAAAAGUCCAACCGAGUGGGACAACUGCUCACUUGAUGUGUUGAAAGUGCUGAAUGACUGUGAUGCCACUCAGGCGGAAGUGCUGUGCGGCCAGUUGAACUUGUCCGACUUAGCGGACCACACUCUGAUACAAAUCUGCGGCAGAAUAUCGGUUCUGUUGCCCGACCUCAGUUUCAGUACGGCAGCGACGCUCAUCAAGAACCUACUGCUGCAGAGGGUGCUGUCUCUCACUGAGCCCCCGUCCAGAUGCCUGAUGAGUGCUGUGACGUCACUCUGCACCAGCUACCCCAGAUCAAUGUGCCACGCUCUGAUUGGUCCCCUUAUAGAGCAAGACAAUAUGGGAAAUGCACAAGCUGAGCUCCUGAACAAACUCAUAGAAGGCUGCCUGGAUUCCCACUACAGGCUGCUUGUGCUUCAGAUGACACUGAAAAUAUCAUGGAGUGAGCUGUUGCUUUCUGUUAUACACAGCUUGCUGGACUCCAAGCCUGACUUGAAUGAAGAAUUGUUCACACUGUUGAUUGAACAGCUGGUUAACCAGACCCCUCUGUUCACAAAAUCUGUCCGCUUCGCAAAAAUGAUGCUGACGACCCUCACAAAAUAUGGCAACCUUGUGAAUGCUUCACACAAGCAUUCCCUGUCUGAUUGCCUGAUGCUAAAUGAGACAUUCUUAAAAAAGGCUCUUCAAGCAGUGUUGAAAAGAAUCCCAGAUGCAUAAAAAACCAUUUAUAUUUAUGUUGCCAUAUACAAACCUAUUGUCAUUGCAUCCACUGUAUUUUUUCCCCACACGUGAUGGACAGUGUAUUCAUCUUUUUUGGGGGCCUGUACCUGCAAAAGAUCCAUUUCACCAAAGCACUUUUUUCCUGACUGUUGCAGAAUUUCCUGUUUUGACAGCCAUACUUUUUUAGUUGUUAUAUUUACUUGUAUUUUAUUUUAUUAAACGAAUUUUACAUUUUGUACGGAAAGGAAAACACAUAAAAACAUAGUGUCAUUAUUAAUAUGUGAAUUUUAAACAAAAAUAAACGAUUCAGUGGUUCCGAAAAUGAA